AUGCGUGGGCAAGCUGUCGUGUGGGCGCUGGCCUGGGCGAUCGGGCUGCUGCCACGAAUCCUCUGUAUCGAGGAUAGUAAACACCAAGCUGCGCUUCUUCAACAACCUGAAGGCCACAGCCCGGAUUUUAUAAGAUAUCAACAUGCCGAAUUUCCCUCUCAUUCAAUUAGAAUCAAGGAACAGAGUGAUGACUUGUGCAAUGCUGGGUCCAAGCAGUAUACCGGAUGGCUUGACGCCAACGGAAAACAUCUUUUCUUUUGGUAUUUUGAUAGCUUGAACGAUCCCCUGACUGACCCUUUGACGCUCUGGGUGACCGGAGGACCAGGAGUGAGCAGCCUGGUUGGGCUUCUGGUAGAAAUUGGACCCUGCCUGAUUGAUGAUGGAGGUGAAGGCACCCACCGCAAUCCGUUCUCCUGGACCAGGAACUCCUCCAUGAUCUUUGUGGACCAGCCAGCGGGGACUGGGCUCUCAUACACGGAUCCUGGAACGGAUCUGCCUACGGACUCGAAAAUUGCAGCGGAAGAUAUGUACAUUUUUCUCCAGAUCUUCCUGACCCAGGUUUUCCCAGAGAGGAGAGAGGUGCCUUUCCACAUAGCGGGUGAAAGUUACGGAGGCCACUAUGUUCCUAACAUGGCUGUCGAAAUCCUCAAGCAGAACAAAAUUCAUCAGGAGAGACCGGAGGUACCGCUGAAAUCUAUCAUGAUCGGAAACGGUUGCGUGUCACCAAUGCAUACAACGUAUGGCUUUUAUGAAACUCUUUGCACAACGAAACCUGGCGUUGAGACGCCUGUGUUUAACGCUACUCGAUGCAAGGUCAUGGCAGACGCGCUACCGAGAUGCAUGUACGUCUAUGAAAGCUGUUACCGAUACCCCGAUAAAGCCAUUUGCAAGGCUACUGAAGAACCCUGUGGGAUAAUAUUCGACCUUUUCGAAAGUGAGUCGCAUGCUGGAGGACGCGAUCCAUUUGAUAUCACUCGGGUGUGCGAGGUAGAGCAUCUAUGCUACUCAUCUACACUUAAUGUCCAAGAAUACAUCAACAGCAAGAGCGUAUGGAGUGCUCUAGAUGUCCCUGAUGCCAUCCACAAUUUCUCCAUCGAGUCACCGGGGAUUGUCGCUGCAUUUGAGAGCAGCAAUGACUUGUAUGCAAACACGAUGAACCUGAUCCAAUCUACUUUAGAGCACAAGGUCGACGUUCUAAUCUACAAUGGCAACCUGGACCUUGCGUGCAACACCGCUGGAAAUCUGCGAUGGACCAAUGCUCUUCGUUGGAACGGACAGGCCGAGUUUGAAUCGCGCGACCUGAGACCCUGGUUCUCGGUUGUGGAGGGAGAAUUGACACCGGUCGGCCAGUACAAGGAGGUCUCUGCGUCGGCGCGGGGGGGCGAUGCUGACGCCCAGCGAUUCGCCUUCGUGACAGUUGAUAAGGCCGGGCAUAUGGUAAGCACCUUGCCAACUAACUUCAAUUUAAAGUGCAUUCAUUGUCCCUUGCUCACUGAUGGCGUUUGCAGGUCCCUUUCAGUCAGCCGGCCAUUGCAUUAG